AUAAUAGACCUGUUUAUUGUUGGGCCACUGCUGGGCUGGUUUUUCAGUUUUCUUAUUGUUGGUGUUUUUUAACCGAAGUAGCUAAUUUUACAGAUUUAAAAUUUCUUUCUCAUUGUUAUCUACACAAACAAAAGGUUGUAAAUUUUCUCCUUUAAUUAUUUCUAAUCUAUUCUAGUAAAAAGUUAUUAAAUAUGUAAAAUAAAGUUAGAAGCCGGUAGUUAAAAGGUGUUUCUUAGCAAUUCUUGUGAUAUUUAUCAUGGAUGCUGAGUUUACGGGCUGUAGUUUACGGAUUUCUGUACAGUGGUGGGGAAAAAGUGGAUCGGUCACAUGGCGUCUGAUCUAAGCAAUUGUAGUAAGAGCAAAAUCAAUUUCAAGCUUUAUGAGAAAACGUAGUUGAUAUGCAUUCGUGUAUUCAGUGAAAUAACCAUGUUAUACUUAUUUUCUGAAAAUAGGCUAAUAUCUCACUGGCAGUAAGAGGGUAAAUUUCAAUCGAAAUAAAGGAAUUCCCGUGGCGUGUUAAACAAACAUAUUACUUUUGGUCAGCACAAAAAUGUCAAAAUAUAUUUAGCGUUAUUAUUCAAUUUCUGGAGAGUGGGUUGCUUCAGAUUCAAUUAGGGCGGGCACUAUGUUCAGGUUUAUCAUAAACACUUUAAAUGAAUGUUGGUUUUUAUGUAGCGAUAGUAAAAGGAACUUAAUUGUGGCAAUGCGGCAAUAGUCGGUACUUACUGCAGUUAAGAGGUGGUCUUAUGGCGCAUUUAUUUAUAAUUACCAAGACAGUUUGUUGAGUCACGUUUUAGUUCAUAUGCAAUAAAUCUCUAAAAGGUUUGUUAAUUAUUAUAGUGGGUUAGCUAUAAGCCAAAUAUGGCUUUUUUCGGUAUUUACUUAUUAUCUUUAUUGUUUAUUUUAUUGCACACAUGGAAACGCGAAACCGGAAAAGGCGCCGUCCGUCGGUCAAACUACACCAGCAUCCCAGCCAAAACCUACCUGGCACCAGCCAACAACCCCGUCAGCUGCCUUCCACCCAAAUGCCCGAUCAGCUGCCUCCCAACCAACAGCCUGUCCAGCUGCCUCCCAACCAACAGCCUGUCCAGCUGCCUCUCACCCCCAGCCAUCGACUCGGCCAAUGGUCUUCAAACCAACAGUCCGGCCAUCAACCCGACCAGCUGCCUCUCAGUCAACAACUGGGCGACCAGAUGCAGCCUGCAGCAAGCCAGCCAGAUCCGGCUGUUCAAUCGGUUUACUGCUUCCGACUCCAAGCAUGCGUCCAUCCGCCCUGCAGCCAAAGUUCUUUGGCAGUGGCCACCCGUCAUCUCUGGCCCAGCUGGUUUCGAGGUUGGGGAAUUUGGGCCGCUGGGUCAGCGUUGUUGGGUGGCCAUAUGGCAAUCAGUGCCGGAUGGACGCUUUUUACCUGGCACAUUUUUUGGGGAAAAUAUAUAUGAUUUUGUUGGGAGUGCUGAUGGCCGUCACCCGGAGUCAGCACUCAUAUACAAUUUAUUUGUGCAGUUAGUUAUUUGCAGUUAGUUUGGGCUUGCCAUGUUCGCAGGUGGCCCUUGCUGCUUGGAGUCGAGACAUUAUAUGCCAGAACCAUUUUUUAUGUUUUUAUGUUAUAAGGUCCUUUAAUAAAAAGUAAAAAUUUAGUUGAGUUUAUAUUUACUGUGUGAAAAGGGUUAUUCAUCGGAGUUUUCAUAUAGGCUUGCCCAUGUAAUGCUAGGUGGCAGUUUGGGUUUAGUUCUUGGCCUCUACAAUAAUAUGGUCUAUUACUAAAUAAUAGACCUGUUUAUUGUUGGGCCACUGCUGGGCUGGUUUUUCAGUUUUCUUAUUGUUGGUGUUUUUUAACCGAAGUAGCUAAUUUUACAGAUUUAAAAUUUCUUUCUCAUUGUUAUCUACACAAACAAAAGGUUGUAAAUUUUCUCCCCUCCCACCCAACCCAUGUAGUUUGUUUUUACACAGUGUUGUUCUGUCACACUUUACUGCGUCCGUUAUAUAUUUAAAAAUUUGGUCAGGCUAUAGAUUUAUUUUAAGUUUUAUUUGCCUGUCCACAUUAAUUUUAAUAACAUAAGGGGAAACUGAUUGUUUUCCGUACUAGAUUUGGUUUUAGUAUAUUACAUAUUCUGCUGGUUUGAGUUGCGUUUUUCAGUUUGCCGUGUAGACGCAGAGUACCAAACGUCGGAUACAGGUCGGUCACGACUCCACUUCCGAUGGGGCAGUUCGGACACCUCGGGUUUGUCGACAGUCGCUUGAAGUUAACAGUUCCUUGGCAAUCAGUGCCGGAUGGACGCUUUUUACCUGGCACAUUUUUUGGGGAAAAUAUAUAUGAUUUUGUUGGGAGUGCUGAUGGCCGUCACCCGGAGUCAGCACUCAUAUACAAUUUAUUUGUGCAGUUAGUUAUUUGCAGUUAGUUUGGGCUUGCCAUGUUCGCAGGUGGCCCUUGCUGCUUGGAGUCGAGACAUUAUAUGCCAGAACCAUUUUUUAUGUUUUUAUGUUAUAAGGUCCUUUAAUAAAAAGUAAAAAUUUA